AUGGGCGCUCAACAACCCUACUUGUACGAUGCCGAAAGGCGCGACUCUCGAUCCCCCGAGAAACCAUUCGAUCCCAAGGUCAUCACGAGGGCAAGCUGGGAACCGAAACCUAAGAAAAAGAAGCAGAAAGGCCCAUUCAUAGCCUUCAGCCGACAUCCUGAUGCGCAUGUCGUGCCGACUGGCCGCACUUCAAUGUUCAAGCCUAUGAGCAGCACUACGAAGUGGUGGAUCAAGUUUAUGAGAUAUGUUCAAUUAUUCCUUCGCAUCCUGGAGAUGAUUGGAGGCGGUUGUUUACUCGUCCUCAUGAUACUGAUCUCUAAUGUUGAUUCUCUCACUUCAUGGGUUAUGAGAAUUACUCCUGGUGUUGUAGCCAUUAGUUGUGUCUACGCCAUCUGGCAUCUCAUAAGACCCGCCGGGUCAAGACCACCCGGUUCAUCAGCAGCUUAUCAGAUGUUCGCCAGUGUCACGGACUUAGCUGUUAUACCGCUAUACGCCUUCGGUGUCAUCUCCGUUGUCAACCACGGAAAGGACUGGGAACUCAUUAUCACGGCUUCGCCCGAACUUACCGACUACCUUAUUCAGAGCGAGUACUUCGCGCUCAUCUGCGCCGGUAGCCUACACGUCGUUUCGCUCUGCAUAUCGGUCUGGUUAUGUCUGAUGUUCCGAAGAAUCGCUAACAUGCCACCGGACUUCAACCCAUUGGAAGACCAUCUCACCUCUCGCGUCAAACAGCACAAGCGCAACAAGUCGUCUGUCGCAACUAGCUACACUGCGGUCUCGGAUGACUCCAAUCGUCUUGAUUCACCCCUCGAAAGCUACCGCCACUCGGGUGUUCCUCAUGAGGCCCUUUCGCGACCACCUAGUAUUCCGUUCAUGCACACGCGCACCGGUUCCCGAGACUCUUUUGCUUCGUCGAAGCGCGACUCGCGAAGCGACCUCCCUAGCAGACAAUACCAGAUCACACCGGGCAACUCUCCCCGCAAUAGUGUUGCGGAAUUGAAACGCCUGUCCACCCCACGAGUCGCCCAGCGCGCCAGCUAUACCGAGGUCCCGCUGCAUGAGACCGGCGCAGCAUCGCCAUCCCCAUCUCGACCUAGCAGCAUCAUCAUCGCGCCAACCCCCUCUCCCCACCAACCCACUAACGCCUCGCCAACCCGCAUCGCCAAGUUCACCGAAGCAUGGUACGCCUCCGAAUCUCUUAUCAACCGCACGCAAGAGCGGCAGCGCGCGCUCAAAAUCGCCGAGCGUGAGCGCAAGUCCCAGUCCCAGCAGUACGAGGCCGUGAACCAACGAUACAACUUCGACGACUCAGACGACGACUCAGACCGCGAGAAUAACGACAUGAUGCGCCCUGACGAUUCCGACCUCGAGGCCGACGAUGUCCCUAGCAGCCCCAUCGACGUCAUGGGUCACUUGCGCCCGAACCCGCUGCGCUUGAACCCGACUCCCCAGGGGCAGCCGCAGAUCGUGCAAGGCAGAGAUAUCGCAGGUAGACAGAAGAUGCCGUUCGAGCCGCUCUCAGAAGUCAGCCACAACGCGCGUAGCGUGAGCGGUAGCCAGGAUAUCGUGGACGAGAAGGCCAGUCCAGCGCGAGCCCCGUCGUUCUGGCGCCGCAGCUUGAUCGUGCCUAAGAGUGGCGGCGCGGGCGGUGCGCGCAAUAGGGACUCGUCUAUUCAGCCGGAUGGCGAUUUCUACGCUAAGCCAUACGGCGAACUAAAGCCCGCUACGCCACCCGUUAUGCUCGGAGGAGGGGCGGCGAAAACAGGGGCCAAUCGCCAAGUCUCCUCUGGUAAUGAUUACGGGGACCUAGGGGGUGGGAACGCGGGUACGUGGAAGAGAAAUGUCAGCGGUAAGAUUGCGGAGGAGGGGCUAGGAGGGAAUAGGUAUUCGCGGUAUAGCAUUCUGAAUGAAGAUUAA